CUAAACAGAACCAACCAGAUCGAGAAAAAAGCUGUCUUAAACAGAACAAAAAAUCAACAACAAAAAGUUCGAGCUGGUGUCGUCCCAUCAGCACCGUACUUUAGUUUCUACAUCACUGUACGUGCAAUGAUCAAGACAUUCUGCAUCGUACAAAGCAAUAAGUACUAAAGACGAUAGAUCGAAAUUUUCCAAAAAAUUUACUCGAUAUUUGUGCAACGCUCAUUCUGCCGCAAAUAUCCCUCUGGAAAAAAAUGACGAAAAACCAGGAAGCAACCGCCGUUCAGAACAACGAUAAGAUGGCUCUGAUUGACGAAGAUGAAAAUACGCAGAUGCACUAUUCGGCUGCCCUGGGCAAAACUGAAGAUUUCGAUUCGUCCAUGACUGGAAAGCUGAACGUGGAAAACUACCUGGGCUGGACGCCUCUGAUGAUGGCGUGCCGAAACGGGCACGUUAGCACCGUCAAGGUGCUCUUGGAUCUGUCUGCUGACGCUACGAAGAAGAAUAAGUUCGGCACUUCUACCUUCUUGAUAAGCAUCUCGAGCGGCAAGCUAGAGAUCGUGACGAUGAUUUUGAAUAAUCUUUUGACUGGUGGGAUAUCCAGAAGGUGUCUGCAGAACACCCUGUCGCCAUUGUCGUUGGCCAUUUUGUUUCGACAUCAGGACGUACUGGAAUAUUUGGUCGGGCAAAAAUUUGAUAUCAACGCUGCUACCCCUGUGACAGGCAUAACCCCUCUGAUGUUCGCCUCUGCAAUGGAAGACUGUCCCGCCUACACCCUCUUGAUCAAGAAAAAAGCUGACACUACCAUGAAAAACUGCCUAGGAGCGACAGCAGACGAAAUAAAACAGUCGAGGAACCAGAAGAGGGCCCCCCAGAAGGAAAAAGAAACGAAACCUCUCACUCCCGCCGAGCUGAUCUCCAUGAGCCCCCACAUGAACGCUUUCAGGCCCCCUUAUUACUUUAUCAGCCCCCAAAACUCCUUUAUACUGGUCAGCCCCAAUCCCGUCGUGCAACUCAGGAAGUCUUCCAACGCCCAAACUCCCUCUCCUAAUAUCGUUAUGGCCCCGAAUGUGACCCCGAUCACCCCCAUGGGGUGCGGCCCCCAGUUUUUCUUUCCUCCGGAUUUCGUGGGGGGUCAGCAGUAUUGCGGAGCUGUGCCUUGUAGUCCGUUUGGGGAAUUUUUGAAUGUGAGAUUGAAUCAGUCGUCGGGUAUGUUUUUGUCCCCGAAUGUGGUUAAUGAUAGUAGUUGUGCAACACCCUGUGUGUAGGUUUUUACUGAAAUGAGUUUUUUUUUUCAAUUUGACAAUUAUUUUUUUAUUGUAUUUUACUGAUUUGAUUGAUUUUAAAUAAAUACGUUUUUAAUUUUAUUUG